AGCUGAUCGACACGACGGCAGUAGCCGGGAAGGCUGAAAAGAGGUGCAGCUAUGUUCGAGGUAUUGCCGCCCAUUCUGCUACUCCUCCCCCUCGUGGUUUCUGUCCCGCCCCCUUCCAGUGCCCUUCCCAGACCCUGCCGCCGGUGCUGUGAUCACCUGGCAGACGGAUCCCCUGCCCACAACAUUCCUCUGAACCAGAUGCCCGAAGUACGCCCCUAUAUCAACAUGACCAUUCUCAAAGGAGAUAAGGGUGACCGAGGAGACAAAGGAACGCCUGGGAAACCAGGAGCGGAGGGACCACCGGGGUCACGUGGCCCCAUGGGUCCUAAAGGAAGCAAAGGCCAAGCUGGUGCCCCAGGAGAUGCCUGCAAGACCCAGUACUCUGCGUUUUCAGUGGGCCGGCGGAAGGCCCUGCACAGCGUGGACUACUACCAGGCGCUGGUCUUCGACACGGUCUUCGUCAACCUCUACGAGCACUUCAACAUGUUCAAGGGCAAGUUCUACUGCCAGGUGCCCGGGGUCUACUUCUUCAACGUCAACAUCCACACCUGGAACUUCAAGGAGACCUACCUGCACAUCAUGCAGAACGAGCAGGAGAAGGUGAUCGUCUACGCCCAGCCCAGCGACCGUAGCAUCAUGCAGAGCCAGAGCAUCAUGCUGAACCUGCGACGGGACGACCAGGUGUGGGUGCGGCUCUACAAGCGCGAGCGGGAGAACGCCGUCUACAGCGACGACGUUGACAUCUACAUCACCUUCAACGGCUACCUUAUCAAGCCCGACCAGGAGUGA